AUGGAGUUAUCAAAAAAUAUUGCAUUUGAAACUUCAAACGAAGUUGAGAUUGAUGAAAACCAAACUGAAUUAUCUACAAACUUCACAUGGUGGUCACUAUUCGGCAUCAGUUUUGGGUUAACUAAUUCUUGGCUUGGGAUAUCUUCUUCUCUUGCAACUGGAAUAUCUUCUGGAGGACCAACAUUAAUUGUCUAUGGGCUUCUAAUUGGUUUUAUUUUCAACUUAGCUGUUGCAAUCACAUUGUCUGAAUUGGUAUCUGUUUUCCCAAAUUCUGGUGGACAAUAUUAUUGGACUUUAUGCUUAGCUCCCAAUAAGCAUAAACGAUUCCUAUCUUAUAGCUGUGGCUGUUUAAGCUAUGCAGGUGCCUUAUUUACUAACGCAUCAAUUACUUCUGGCCUUGCAACAAGUAUAAUGGCUAUAUACGACCUAUGCCAUCCAACUUUCAACUUAAAACGCUGGCAUAUUUUUGUGACUUACGAAAUCCUAAAUUUAUUCGUAUCAAUAUUCAAUUUGUGGGAUAGAUACUUGCCAUUAUUUACAUCCUCAGCCUUAUACGUAUCAAUAUUUACAUUUGCUAUCACAUUAGUCGCCUGUUUAUCAUGUUCCAGUGGUGCUUAUCAGCUGGCUAACUUUGUUUUCAAAGAAUUUGAUAAUGCAACAGGUUGGAAAAGUCCAGGAAUAGGCUUUAUCGUGGGCUUAGUAAAUCCACUUUGGUCCUACGUGGGCAUUGAUUCUGCAACACAUAUGGUAGAUGAGUUAGGCAUUUCUAGAUCCAGAAUCCUCAUACCUCGUGCGAUAUUGGGUACUGUUGUCUUAGGCUUUGUCACUGCAUUCAUAUAUUCUAUUUCAAUGUUUUUCUGUAUUAGCGACCCGAAUAAGGUAGUUGAAGCAAUAUUGCCAAUAUUAGAAAUUUUCCACCAAUCUACCAAAAGCAAAUCAGCUGCGAUUGUACUUCAGAGUUUAUGCAUAACUACUGGAUUUCUUUGCAAUAUUGUUGCUAACACAUGGCAAGCAAGGAUUUGCUGGUCAUUUUCUCGUGAUAGAGGUUUACCAGGGUCAAAAUAUUGGCGGAUCAUAAAUCAAAAAUCAAGACUCCCAAUAAAUGCACACUUGAUAUCCAAUUUUUGGAUAGGCAUUAUCGGUUGUAUAUUUCUUGCUUCUAGUACAGCAUUUAAUGCCAUAAUUACGGCGUGUAUAACGUUGCUUUUAAUAUCCUACUCUAUCCCAACGGCAUGUUUAUUAGCCAGAGGUAGACAUCAGGUGAAGGAGGGCUACUUUUGGUUGGGAAAAAUAGGCUUGAUUUCUAAUAUUAUGACCCUAAUCUGGACAUUAUUUUGUCUAAUAUUUCUAUCAUUUCCCUAUGUUCUACCAGUAGCAGCAGAUUCCAUGAAUUAUGUAUCUGUUGUAUAUGUCACAAUUGCUCUCUAUAUAGUGAUAUAUUGGACAUUGAGAAAGAGUUCCAUCAUAUGUGGAGAUAAAAGCCCCCCAAACUCCACUCUCUCUCGUAUAUAUUGA